AUGGAUUUGAAGGAGAGUUGUGGCAGCAAGGGGAGUCGUGAGAGCUCCAGUCUGCGCCCCACCUCUUGGCAGGCCUUUGCUGAAAGCAGCACACUGCAUGGCCUGCGCUUCAUCUUCCCUUACGGGCAGCCCACUGCUUGCCGGAUGCUCUGGGCUGCUGCUCUGCUGGCUUGCAUGGGACUUUUAGCCUUGGAGAGUGCUGAGCGCCUGGCCUACUUUCUGUCUUACCCACAUGUGAUCAGUGUGGACGCUGUGGUUUCGGGCAGCCUGGUCUUUCCUGCCGUCACCAUUUGUAACCUUAAUGCCUACCGUUUUAGCCGCCUCACGCGCAAUGACUUGUACCAUGCCGGGGAGCUUCUGUCCCUGCUGGAUGUGCACCUGGCAAUUCCGCAGCCUGACCUGGCAGAGCCUGAAGUGUUGGCUUUUCUCCAGGACAAAGCUAACUUCAUUUCCUACAGGCCCAAGGCCUUCAGUAUGAAGGAGUUCACUGAGAGAGUUGGCCACGACCUUAAAGAGAUGAUGCUCUACUGUCGCUACCAAGGCCAGGAUUGUAGCCACCAUGACUUCAAAACCGUAUUCACCAGGUAUGGGAAGUGUUACAUGUUCAAUGCAGCAGAGGAAGGCAAAACACUCCGCACCACCAUGAAAGGAGGCACAGGAAACGGCCUUGAGAUCAUGCUGGACAUCCAGCAGGACGAGUACUUGCCAGUGUGGGGAGACACAGAGGACACUGCGUUUGAGGCUGGUGUGCGAGUGCAGAUCCACAGUCAAGCAGAGCCUCCUUUUGUCCAUGAGCUGGGCUUCGGUGUGGCCCCUGGCUUCCAGACCUUUGUAGCCACACAGGAGCAGAGGCUGACCUACCUACCUCCUCCAUGGGGAGAGUGCGAGUCCAAGGCACUGGAGUCCAGCUUCUUCCAGGUCUACAGUCUCACCGCCUGUAGGAUUGACUGUGAGACACGCUACAUUGUGGAAAACUGCAACUGUAGGAUGGUGCACAUGCCUGGUGAUGCUUCAUUCUGCACUCCUGAGCAGUAUAAAGACUGUGCUGAGCCUGCUCUUGGUAAGUAUGCACAAACACAGAGCAGUAAUUGCAUGUGCAGAACACCAUGCAACAUGACGCGCUACAACAAGGAACUGUCCAUGGUCAAGAUACCCAGCAAGACCUCUGCCCGCUACCUGGAGAAGAAAUUCAACAAGUCUGAGAAGUACAUUACGGACAACAUUUUGGUUUUGGAUGUGUUUUUUGAGGCUCUUAACUACGAGACCAUCGAGCAAAAGAGAGCCUAUGAGGUGGCAGGACUUUUGGGUGAUAUUGGUGGCCAGAUGGGUCUGUUUGUCGGAGCCAGCAUCCUCACCAUCCUAGAGCUGUUUGACUAUGCAUAUGAGGUGGUGAAAGACCGAUUAUUUGAUCUACUGAGUAGAGAGGAUGAGGAGGAAAGUCAUGGAGAAGAUGUGAGCUCCUGUGAGCCGAUGGCAAACCACUCAGAGUCUCUCAGCCACACUGUGACCGUUCCUCUACAGACAGCCUUGGGCACCUUGGAGGAGAUCGCUUGUUGA